GACUGUCCCCGGUGUAUAAAACAACCAGUGAGGCGUGGAGUAUGCGCCUGUUGCCUCCCUUCACCCUCACCUCAUAAUGGCCAGGCUGAUGCAAAUCAGAUUCACAUCGUCAACCAGCAACCGUCGCCCUUAUGGGGGCGACCGCGCGACAAUACGGUGUUCUCCUCACCCCAAAGUUCGCAACUUCAGCGCGCGUCUCGCGUCUACCAUAUCCGCAACCACCAUCACAUACUCGCUCCAGCAUCGCGACCAUGUCCACAGACUGGAUGCGGGUAACAGCUGUCUCGGUGACAAUGGAUGCGUGCAUCUCUUUCGGUUCCUUACUUCACCUGCUGGCCAGAAAUACCGGAAUAGCAUCACAGAACUGUACUUGACAUCAAAUGAGAUCGGGGCAAAGGGCUUACAGGCGCUUUCCGCUUAUCUCAGUGGAAAUGAGGUUCUGAGAGAAUUGUGCUUGUCAGGGAAUCCCCUUGCAACAGAUCCAGAUACUGUCAUCGCUUUUGCCGCUGCUCUUAACACUUCACGUCUCUGCACUCUUCACCUCAUUCACAACGGAGAACUCUCAGAUGACUUCGUUUCCCUCUUUCUUCCGCAGCUAACCACGCCUUAUCUGCGUCAAUUGAAUAUGUCGGCCAUAGGAAUGACUCGCAUGUCAGUUCCUGUUAUCAUCAAAUAUGUGAGUUCUGCCGUGUGCAGACUGGAAGGGUUGCAGUGUAAUGCGAAUAGUCUCACUCUUCCGGGUGCGCGGGAUAUCGUGAGUGCAAUCGAGGAGCACAACUAUAGCUUGUGGAAGGUCACCCUCGAUGACCUUCAUAUUGAUACUGAUCAUGAUGGCGAAGAGCGGAUGCAAGCUUGGCAAGGAACGCUCGAUAGCGUAUGCCGUAGGAACUCGCAGAUGAAGAAAAAAAUAAGAGCAGAGGCACUAAUGCUGCUUUGUUCUGCUCGAGCUCUUUUCCUUCGCUCUGGCUCUCACAGUAUGCCAUCGGGAGUCAUUUCUGGGACCUUCAAACGACGUUCCAAACCGUUAUCCCCCUUUUUUGAUCUACCACCAGAACUUCAAUCUGUGAUCAUGUCACUACUAGCGCCAACACUCUCAUCUAGACAGCGUGCAAGAAUAUGUGAAUAUGCCGCAGAUUACAGGACACUCCCUCGGUUAGACUUGACUGGUGCGAAAGUAGGAUUCUCGACGCGUCUUUCGAGUUUGGCGCGUUAUGGCUUUACGCGCAGUCCGCAGACACAUGUGGCGAUUAUACAGGCCCGCGAUGCUGUUGACGAAGGUAGUGUGGUCGUUCUGGAAGGUACGUGGAGACCUUGCGCAUCGUGGGAGUGUGCAUGCAGAGGACCGGCGCGGCGUGAGUGUGCGACGCUACGACGAUGGCAGAGAGAGAUGCGAGACAUUUGGUUAACGCAGGUUGGAUGCGUUGUGUACGAGCCUGCACUGUGAAGACUGUCAUUGUGAGCUUAGCGGGACCUUGGAAAGGUAUUAACAUUCUGUUGCAGUGCUUUUUUUUUUUUUUACUACGCUUGGCUUGAUGCUUGAGAUAUCUUGUUUUCUUUCUUGACUACUGAUUGGGACAUUAUAAUCUUAAAUGAGCUGUGUAUUGUACUUGGUAUCUACUAGUAACAUUUAAAUUUCAGGCAAUUCAGCUAUGAGAAAU